AUGAGGCAUUCUCGAAAAUCGAGUUCUCACUCCUUUUCUUUUAUUUGGAUUCAAUUCCAGAUUAUUAGAAGUUCAAAUUUUUUUGAAAAAAAUUUAUAAAAUUUAUCACUAAAGAUCCUAACUUUGUUUUAAUAGCAUUCUAUUUAUAUUUAUCCAUUUAAAAUAUAUAUGCAUAGAUAAGUUUUUGAUGUUUGAAACAGAAAUUAGGUAUCAAAGGUAUUUCGAUAUACAUUAUAAUCUUUAGAAUAAACAAUAAAUUUUGUUCCAAAUAAAAAGAGGAGAUUAAUUUAAAAAAUGCAAAUUUAACCGAUUUUGUUUAUAAUUGAUAGGGGAAAUCAGAAGAAAAGAGUUGACUCUAACAAAAACCCCAUAAAGCCUAAUGAAAAAUUUUACAGCCUCAGAAACAUUUAUGAGAUUCCUCACUACGAAGAUUCAGAGCUAUUUAGGAAAAUGAAAGAAGAUCUCCAAACAUCAAAAGAAAAAAUUAAUAGCUUAAAAAAUAACUUAAUUCCUCUCUCUGAAAGUGAGCAAAAUUCUUAUUUUUGCUAACUGAUGAAGAGUGAAAGUCAUAUACAAGACAAAAUACAGAAAAUUUAAUUACAAUAAUUUGAAUGGAAACCAUUAUUUAUUUAUUUAUUUAUUUAUUUAUUUAUUUAUUAUAUCUAUAUAUUUUAGAGAAAUGCUUUGUUUAAAAAAUAAUUAUUCUAAAAAGGUAUUUCAAUUUCCCCGAAAGGCGAUUAAUUUAAUUUUUGAUUAUAUUCCUCAAAGAGUUAGAGAACUGUGAGAAAGAGCUUUUAAAAUCAAAAGAGGAAAAAGAAGCAUUGAUUCAGUCUGUUACAGAAUGUACUAAAGAUUUAACUAAGGAAAAAGAGAAAAGCGAUUUCCUCUUUGAAAGUCUGAAAGAAAAAGAGAAUAAAUUAAAAAAAGCUGAACAAUAUAAAAAGGAAUUAUUUGAUAAAGAUAUUGAAAACAAAAAUUUAAUGAAAAGAUUGAAAGAAGCUGAAGACCGAUGAAGUGGGCACAUUAUAGAUGAAUCAUGAACUGAUAUGAGCGAUGAAUCAUUUCCAGAUACACUCAGCAAGUUUCAAAAAAGGCAAAAUAAAGAGGUAAUGGAGAAUGCCCAAAAAAUGAUUGAAAUGCUGAUGCAAAAUAAACAAAACUUUGAGUUAUUUUGCAAAGAUGUUUCUAAUCCUGAGCAUUUUAAAGAUUUAAUUGAUCAAUAUAAGUAUGAAGAGGUCAUUUUGAAGCUCUUAUUAUUUGUUGGACUUUUAAUGAGCUGCUCAGAUAAAAAAGGCAAUAAAAUUAAGAAGCAAAGACCAAAAAAUGUUCCAAAAUUAUCUUUAUCACCACAGCUGCUUCAUAAAGCAGAAAAUAAUGCAAUUGCAUCAACUUUUUCAACUAAACAAUCGGAUAGGCCAAUGAGCUCUGAGCUUAUUGAAAAUAUUAAGCCAGUGUUUUCAGUAGAGCUUGAUGAAUAUGAACACAGAAUAUCCAAGCUUGACAGUGAGAUUAAUACAAAUAUGAAAACAUGCAAAGAAGCUUUAGCAAAUUCUUUAAAAACUCCAUCCCCAAGAUGCUCAGAAAUAAGCAGCUUUUCUGGAAGAGUCUCUAUAAAUUCGAUAAAACCAAGAAAGCACUUCACAAAUAAUAUUGGUGCCCAUUUAAACCAAAAUAUUUUACAGAAUAAAAAGCUUGCUGUUUUAAAAAAUGACAAAGAAGAAAUCAAUUCCAGCGAUAUUAAAGCUUGAUUUCUAGCUCUCCACCCUCCAUUAUUAAAAAAAAAAAAUAAGUUCGAUCACAGAAUGGAUUAAUUUUUUUUUUGAAAAAUUGAUAUGCAAAUUUUUGUAAUAAAUUUUUAUAUCAAAUUUAAAAAUCCCAAAUCGAAAUAAUUUGAAUCACUUUUCAAAAUAUUUUUUCAUAAAAAAAUUUUUUAUAUUCAACAAAUUUUUUGUUCAUUCACAGAGGGUGCUUUUUACCAAAAAAAUAGGGACUAUCCAAUGGUUUUAUUCGCUCACACGAUGGGGGAGUAAGUGAAAAUGCAAUCCAAUUCACAGGAGGAAGAAAAAAAAUAAAAAAUUUGCUAGAGAGUUUUCUAAUUGCAAGAAACAAAGGGGGAUUAGAUGGCAGUCCUUCUGGAAAUUUAAAUUUUGUUCAGAGCAAGCCAAGAGAGCUACUUGUAAGUGGAGAUUUACAAUUAAUUGACGAAAUUCUGAUUUAUGAGAAUAUCAAAGUUUUUCCUUUAGAUCCUACCAAGAAAAUUGUUAAAAAUAAAUAA